UCUAUCCCCCGCCGUGCGACCAUUUACAAAUAUCGUUUGUAAAUAAUCCCUCAGUCCGAAUGUGGCUGACUGAAAAGGCGCGAUAGUCUACAUCACGAGCUAUUUUGUUGCUUGCUGCGCACCGCGCACCCCUUCGCUCCGCCGCCGUGGGAGCGGCUGGAAUAACCUUGGUGUGAGCCAGUUGAGCGGCUGAAGAGAAGAGCGAGAGAGGCAGAACGGUGCGGCGGCGGAAGAUCAGCGAUCGCUGGCGUGAACAUGGCGGAGACCGUACGCUCGCUCUUCGACUACCGGGAGGCACACAGCCUGGACAGCGACGGAGAAGGCAUGAAGCCGGCACCGCCACUACGGGGGCGAGGCUGCGGAAGGAAAAGGAAAGGGACACCUGUCAAAGUCUUUGUUUCACACACUGAGGAGGAGAGCGUGCCUGAACACAGCUUCAACACAGGUGAUCGUAAGGAGGCAGCAGAAAGUAAACGGCUCACCCUGGAUGGACCUUUCUACAGCACAGAGUCUGCUCCUCAGAACUGUGGUUCAUCAGAGCAGGCUCAUGGCAAAGUCUCCUCCGGAUCGAAGACCAGCUCCUGCUUGGCCUCCACACCGGCUUCUUCUCCUGCUGCAUCUUCGGCUCCAACCCCAACACCAGUUCCCGCUCCUGCCCCGGCCACGGCGACUUCAGCUCAGGCCACAUCUCUGACCCCCGCAUCCACGGCCCCGGCUGCCCCAACAGCCUCUGCUCCAGCCCCAACAGCCAGCUCCUUCCCUCCCUCCCCUAACUGCCGCAUUCGAGAGGUCCACUGUGGCAGCCAGGUGCGGCUGGUCGUUAUCGCCAUCCGAGAUAUCACCAAGGGGGAGGAGAUCACUGUGGACUACAGCCUGACGGAGUGGGGAGAGAACCUGGGUUUCCGUGGUACUGUGUCUCCAGCGCAACAUGAAUGUAACUCAGACACAGAGAAUAACAACAAUAUCAAAAAGGAGGAUGAACCUCUUUCUCUGACGCCCCAGAGACAGCAGCGGCAGCACCCGCAGCAGCAGCAGCAGCAGCAGCAACAGCAGCAGCAGCAGCAGCAGCAGGAGUAUGUCACCCCCUCUUGGUCUCUCUCCCCUUCCUCUUCCCCCAUCUCCCACUCUGAUGCCAGCGACUCAGAGCCUGGAGAUGAGGACAAUGCCAGCCCCCGUGGACGCGCACUACGCCGUCGCAAAAAACGGCGUGGCACUCCUUCAAAGAAAAAGACUCCGCACCGGACCCCACCUGGGCGACCACCGGCUGCCUCCCCCACCACCAUUUCUCCUCACAACCGUCCACUCCCUACAUCCCAAUCAUCCCCUCCCUGCUCGUCGUCCUCCUCCUCUUCUUCAGCUAAGCCUGUGUUCAAAGCUCCGGCCCCACUUGGUUCCAACACUACAAACAACGUCAACAUAAAUGUGCCCAGAGGAGGAGUGUCCAUAGAUUCCAUGCGUCAAACCUGCGAGUACUGUGGGCGCCACUUCCGCUCCCUAGGCCGUCACUUAGAUAAACAUCAUGCACACCAACCAGAAGUGUGCUCUGCCCUGGUGGAGCGCUACACACAGAUGCCCCGCCUGCAUGCACAGAACACAAACCCCACCACACACACACACACUCAGCAGCACUUGAAGUCGUCACAAGCCACGGGACAGAGCCGCAGUUCAGAUCUUCCACAGAGCAGCGUCCAGGACCUUUCCAUGUCUCCGCCCACUCUCACAGCAGCCAACCAAUCCCUAGGACAAAACUCCACCCCACCUGUGCUCACUCCUCCACGAGGACAGAACGCAGUGCCGGUGUCUGUCUUAAAGAGGAGCCCACCGCCUGUGACGGCUGUGACGCAGGCCAGGAAGGGAACAAUGAGGAGGAUGAAGAAGGAAAGACUGGAGGAGGAGGAAGAAGAUGAGGAGGAUGAAGAUGAAGAAGAUGUGGAGGUGGUGGAGGUGAAGAGGCCCAAAGAGGAGGAGGAUGUUGAGGUGCUAUGCCCUCAGUCCUUCAGCAGCAAGUCGGCCAAAGAGAUUGAUCCACCAAAGGAAGAGGAAGAGGAGGAGGAUGAAGAAGAGGAGGAGGAGAAUGGAGUGAUGGAGGUGGAAGAUGAAAGUGGGGCAGAAGAUAAGGAAAAGGACUUGCUGAGUUCGGGGCGUCACCACCUGCUGCCCCUCCUGUCGUCCUUGUCCUCUCUGGUGCUGUACCUUCGCCGGCUGCAGCACUCGGCCUUCUUGUCCCUGUCUCGGCAGCUGCAGUCGGCCGAGGCUUGGCGCCUUCUUUGCCAUUCCAGCCUUGCUCUCCUCAUCCUGUACAACCGUCGACGUGAGUGUGAGGUCUCCAAGCUGUCCAUCACUGAAUACCGCGCUCGUGUCACUCCCCAGUGUCCUGUUCCUGUCCCACCUGGAGCCCCGCCAGCUCUGACUCCAUUGGAGGCCUCCCUUUCCCCAUUUGAGCGCCUAGUGCUUCCUCAUCUCCCUAGAGUUGGGGUCCAGGGUAAACGUGGACGGGUCCAGCCCCUCAUCCUUCCCCCUCACUGCGAGCCCUGCCUGGAGCUCCUCCUGCAGACACGGCAAGAUGUGGGAGUCGACCCCGCUAACCCGUAUGUCUUUGCCAGGCCCUACCAUUCCCCUGCCACACCACUACGAGGUACUGACCUCCUCCGCAGUCUGGCUCGCUCAAGCGGUACCCGCAAUCCCCGUGCCCUGACUCAGACCAGGGUUCGCCGACAGGUAGCUAUACUGACCCAGCUGCUGUUACUGGGAGAAGGAGAAGAGCCUGGGCAGCCUGGAGGCAGCGCUGUGGAAAGAUUGGAGCACUUCUUGGAGAGGGAGUACCAUGUGACACAGAACUGUGCCGGAAUUGGCCAAGACCCAGGCCUGAUGGGCAGAGUGGGCCGAGUUGUGCUUUGUGGAGAGCGUGAUGGAGUGCUGUUCAGAGGAAUGAGCCUGAACCACAUCUGCCUGGAACUGGAUGUUAUGUCAGGAAACUCUGCAGACUCAUACUCAGAGGGGGAGUCUGACGGGGAGGUGAAGGAGAAGCCUGAGGUGCCCGCCCCUGCUGCUGCUCCGAACCCUACACCUACCCUGCUGUAUGUCAGGAAGGGUAAGAACAACGGCCGAGUGGGACGACCCAAGAAGCUCAAGAACACCCAACCACCCCUUCCGCCUGCUCCACCUCCACCUGCAAACCGUAGGAGAGGCUCAGGAAAGCGAGGGGUCCUGAAGCGUCCAUGGUCAGAGGCAGAGCGGGCAGCAGUCGAGGAGCACCUGACCCAAAAUAUCACCGAGCUUCGAGUCCCUGCCAAGGCUGACUGUGAGCGCUGCUUGCAGCAGUGCCCCCUGCUGGUCAGCAACCACCGCGACUGGCGAGCCAUCAAGUUCUACUGCCACAACCGCAUACAGCUGCUAAAGAAAAACCAGCGGCGCGAAAGUGAGCCCCAGCCCCUCACUGUUUGCUGAGAGGGGAGAGUAUUUGAGGGA